UCCCCUCCAACAUCUAAACGAAUCAAAACCUCCGUCACCGCCAACACACCGUCCCAUCUGUUAGCUCAGCAGCAAGUCAAUCCCUUUUCAAGAGUGCCUUCGUUCGAGGGCAUUCCUAUGCCCCAACCUCAGAUUCCUCCCUCGAAUCCGCGCAAACGCCGGGCGUCUCCCCAGGCAGGCUCGACGGCGAUCAUGGCGGCGCCAGGCGCGACCACCGCCACUGGGGACCCCGCGCACGACCAGGGAUCUGGGGUGUCGGAACCUGCCCCAAAGAAGAAGGGUAGGACCAACACUCCUUGGACCGCCGAGGAAGAGCAACGAUUAAAGACGAUGCGCGACGCGGGUCGCAGCUGGAGCGAAAUCGCCAAGACAUUUCCUACCCGAACCGAGGGCAGCGUCAAGAAGCACUGGUACAAGGACAUGCACUACGCCGAAUUUGCGGAAGAUGAGUCCAUAGCGCUUCGGGAUGCAAUCAAGGAAUACGAGGCAAACAAAUGGAAGGCUAUCGGGCAGAAAGUGGGGAAGCCGGCCAAGGCGUGCGAGCAGUAUGCGAAAGAACAUUUCAAGGAACUUUAG